GGGUACCAAGGUUCUUGCUCUCGCAAAUAGUGGUGACAUUGAACAAAGUGAUAAGAUACUCGGCCUCAAAAACACGUACUACAUAAGCAAUGCUGCUGCCAUGCCUAACCAAGUAUAGUGGUGAUCCCCCAUCCGCAAACUAUAAUUACAUUUAGAUGUUGAGUAAAAAGACUUGGAUUGAGGCAGCCCCUAAAUCAGAACAAAUUCAGGCAACAAAUGAGACAGACACUAUCCUCACACAAUUCUUUGACUUCUAUGACUUAUGCGGUUCUAAAACCCCAAUCAAUUUCAUGGCCAUUGUGAUUCAGAGAAUGCCCAGAGAGUAUGUCUCCGUUCCUGGACAUGCCAAAACCGCACAUGAUUUCAUGCUUGUGAAUGAAGAGGUUCAUGCCGAGUCUUGUUUAUUGGCUGGAGCUUGGCGGUGCUUUCAACAAAAUGGAAAUUUCAACGCCUCCACCAAAAAACAAAAAGGAAAUUUCACCAUGGUUCAUGCCGAGUCUUGUUUAUUGGCUGGAGCUUGGCGAUGCUUUCAACAAAAUGGAAAUUUCAACGCCUCCACCGAUGAACAAAAUGGAAAUUUCACCAUGUGCUUAAGGCCACGUGACAUUAAAAUUCCACUAAACCGGCUAUAUUUACCAUGUCAUAUGCCACAUACAAUGGUUGGUCUUCAUUCUUAAAGCCUGUUAAUGUCAUAUUCAUUGCUUUUGUACUUAUUCACAAUUUUUAAACAUGGGAAUAGCUUAAUGCACCCCUGCAAUUGGUUGUUGGGUUAGGUUCUGAGUAGGGAUUUUGUUUCUUACUUUGAGGCUUGGACCUGAUUUUGGGUUAGGUUCUAGGUUGACUUUUAACUUUAGUGUUUGACAAUCAAAUUUGCGUUAGGUUUGCGGGUACAAUCCGUUGGAUUUUAAUUUUUAGGUUAGACUCUAGGUCGUGUUUUGAGUUAAGGCAAUUGCGUUUUACUGUCUUGUUUUUUGUUGUGGUUCUAAAUACUAUCAAAAUGUUGUGGUUCUAAAUACUAUCAACCUCAGAUUUCCAGAUUCUAGGCGUUGCGUAUCAGAUGUGCAGAUUUCCCGAGCAGUUUGAAAUUGCUACUGUAUUUUUUUUUCACAUCUUUAAACAUGCUGGUUGAAUAUUUUUAAAUGUGAUAUGGUCAUUAUAUCCAAGUCUAAAAAAACAAAACAAUUCAAAUCCAUUAGAAACAUAGAAUAGUUUAAAUCUCCCAACUUUGAAAAAUUGAUGUUAAAUUGUAAGUUAUCUUGUUUUAGGUUCAGGAAACGUGGGAAAAGAAUUGUGUAUACCCAACCAUUCUAACCCAUUUGCAUAAUGGAUUUCAAGAGUCCAACACUCACUCCUAACCUUUA